GCAAAGCUGUGAUUCAGAUUUCACUCCCCACUUACAUCUCUUAAAUUGCCCUUCGACAAUGACGUAAACUCAAUUCUCCCCCUCCGAUUCAACCACUUCUGCCCAUAUUUCAUUUGUCCCAAUCAUCGUCGGGGUGAAAUUCUUCGAUUCCCGAAUAUCCUCCACAGAUUGUUCCAUCAACAGGGCGGGCCGUCGGAUUCACCACACAGAAAUUCAUUCGCGUCGACGAACGCGAAAAAGCUUCGGGAAACGUAUGCCGCUCGUUUUGGUGCCAUGUAAUUCAAUCGAUUGCCCGAUUAGACGACCCGUUGUUGCAAUCGAAUUUUGAUGUCCGAUCGAGAGCGGGCGAGAGUCGAUAAUGGGAGGAUUGACGAAGAAAUUGGGGAAAAUGUCGACGCAGAAGAGGAGAAGCGCCAUGGAUUGGGGGAGAAAGGCAGGAAGGGUCAGAAGUCGAAUUUCUUUCGGCUGAAAAGAGGUAAGAAGCUUCUGGAGAGGUCGCGAAGGCCGAAGCAGAAAGGCAUUCCCGCGAAGUCCCGGUCCUUGUGGAUUGGGUGUUGUUUCUGCCCUAAGCCGCCGCGCAAGGCGGAAUCCGCCGGUGAUUCGCCGACCAGUGAUCCAAACAGCCCCGAAUUCACUUACGAUAUGCUCAGGACUUUGAUUGAGAAGAACAAUUUCUACUCGAGAGACUGCAAUCCCCAUUUGGAUGCCGCCGCCGCCGAUGAUUAACUGAAACCUAAUAAACCGGAGGAAAUAGCGAGACUUGUGCAGAGCAGAGCUCUAUUUGAUGCCAUAGAUACAAAUGGAUGAUGACAGUAUUGGACCUACAUUCUGCCAAGAAAUCGUAUUCAGUGAAUA